AGUCACGUAUAAAACCCUGUUUCUGGUGUCGAAGGAAGCGAAUUCGGAGAGAAGUUGCUCCAAGUCGACGGCUAACUGGAUCUCAACUUGUGUGAUCUCGCGCAAGAGAAGAAAAAAUUUGCCGAUCGAUGGGAAGGGUAUGGGAUAGAAUCGAUUCUACUAAGAGACUAUGUCCUUGGAAGCUUCGAGUGAUCGUAAUCGAGUGCUUCAAGGGUUUGGUUCGUUGAGAAUUCGGUUCAAUGUGGGCGAAGACAAUGAUGGAGACAGGAAGAAAUUCGAGGGCAAUCGUCGUUGCUGUCGUCUACCUCAGCCUAUUUCUGGACAACGUGUUACUCACGGUUGUUGUGCCGAUUAUUCCUGACUAUCUUUGCACCUUGGACGGAAACUCGACGAUAAACAAUGAAGACGACGAGAAUGGUCGAGUGGGAUUAUUAUUAAGCUCAAAGGCGUUAAUGCAAUUAAUACUAAAUCCAGCUGUGGGCAUCUUUACCGCUACUUUUGGAUACACCAAACCAUUGCUCCUUGGAAAUCUAAGUCUCCUACUAGCAGCGAUGCUGUUCGCGUUUGGCCAAACUUACGAAGUGCUGUUUCUGGCUCGAAGCAUCCAGGGUAUUUCCUCCGCGUGUAUCGGCGUUUCCGGUAUGUCGUUGGUCGCUUCGCAGUACCCGGAAGAGGACAAGAGGUCCAAGAUUAUGGGCUUCGUUCUUGGAAGCAUAGCAUUGGGUGUUCUUGUUGGAUAUCCGAUUGGUUCUGUCCUUUACGAUCUCGAAGGAAAAAUGGCACCUUUUCUAUUGGUGUCUUGUUUCAUCGUCGUUACUAUUUGUCUGCAGAUUUUUACAUUGGACGUCAAAAUGAACAGCGAGUCGAGCGAUCGAGAAACGUCUUGGACACAUCUGCUAUGCGAUCCGUACGUACUAAUAAUUUUUGGAGCUAUAUGGUGUUCAACAUCACCGAUGGCUAUCUUAGAGUCCUGCUUACCAAUCUGGUUACGAACUCACAUAAAACCUAAGAAAUGGCAACUGGGAACAGUGUUCAUUCCAGAUAGCGUGGGCUAUCUAAUUGGGACCAACUUUUUCGGCAUGAUAGCUUACCGCUACGGACGAAGUAAAAUUGCUGUUCUAGCCAUGCUCUUAGUUGGUAUAAGUGUCAUUUUGAUACCAUCCUCGCAGACAAUGUUGCAACUGGCAGUUCCACAUUUAGGAAUGGGUUUAGGUAUUGGAGUAGCGGACGCUGCUCUAGUGCCAUUGUUAGCUAGCUUUGUGGACCAAAAUGGUAAUUAUGGUCCGGUUUACUCGAUUCAACAAGUGGCUGUUAGUCUGGCCUAUUCUCUUGGUCCCAUCGUGGGAGGAGAAAUGGUGAAAACGAUCGGUUUCCAAUGGGUUAUGCGAAUUAUCGGCUUAAUGAACGUCGGUUACUGUCCUUUGCUGAUAUACCUCACCUUAGAAAGAAGAAAAUUAUUAACUCAGCAAGAUGAAAAGAAGGAUUACGAGACCUUUCAGAAAUCAGUGGCGAAGUACGAGCGUUUUCGAGACUCUGACGACGAUCUCUGAUAUAAUUUAACGGCUUCUACCAAUUAUCAAGAUUAACUUCUCUUUUAUACAUGUAUUAUAAUUCUAUAAGGAUAAGUCGUAAUAUCUGGUUUUUGUUAAAUUAAUCCAAUUUAAGAAGUGACAAAAAAUAAACGUAAAAACAUUAAACGAUCCUUAAAUAUUUUUCCCAAUGAAUAAAUAAAAUACUAAACAUUAAAUAGGUACACAUCCUACGACAUAAUACUUGUAAUAUUCUGUACCUAUCAGUGCCGAUGAUCGAUCCAAGUAUCUUUUUCUUAUUCGUUGGAGAAGCGAAGAAAUAGUUAUAAUUAGCUACGUGCAUCUUGUAUAAAAGUUACUGAAUUAAUUUAAAAAUAGAAAUAAAUUAUUGUAUUUUGUCAACAUA